UAUCUGCGCGCCGUGGUCCACGUGGAGGCUGCGGAUUCGUUUCACUGGAGCACCGGCCGCCGAACGUCCGUCGCGCGUUUCUCGUCCGCCGUUCCGCGAUCGGCGGGGGCGCGUCUCGUCAUCGGGUAGCGUCGUUCUUCCACACAAAUCGAGCGCGGGAAGUGGGGGUGCGCCGCGUACGGGCACGGGCCUCCACCAGCCGCGCUCGCUGACUCUUGCUGAUGUGGAAGUCGCGACAGCCGCGAGGACUGCGUAAGGAGAGGCGCGGGUUCGUCGUUCCUCUAUUCCGACGCGAGAGAGACGCCUCGUAAAAUUCAUCAUCGCCGAGUGCCUCGUGCGAUCGACGAUCUUGCUCCACAUCGUUCUCUCGAUCUCCUUUUUCUUUUCUUUCGCUCCUGGUGCACGGUCUCCGGAAUGCGAGCGCUCAUGUUACUCCAAAUCUUGAUCGGCGUCUCUGUCCUGGCGGCGGCAAUCCCGGACGACGAGCAUCACGUUUUGAACAAGGAUGCAGGCAGUAAGGAUCACUACAUUCACUCCCAACAUAAUCCGGCCUACGAUCAUGAAGCUUUCCUUGGAGAGGAAGCCAAGAGCUUCGAUCAGCUCACCCCCGAGGAGAGCACCAGGCGGCUGGGCCUAAUCGUUGACAAAAUCGACAAGGACAGCGACGGUUACGUGACACAGGAGGAGCUUAAGGAUUGGAUAAUGUACACGCAGCAACGUUACAUCAGGGACGACGUAGAGCGUCAGUGGAGAGCGCACAAUCCGACGGCGAAGGAAACGUUGCCCUGGACGGAAUACAAGGACAUGGUUUACGGCGACAUGGAGGAGCACGAGGCGGAAAAACGGGAGAGCGACAGGGCGGACGACACGAUCUCGUAUCUUCAAAUGUACAAGAGGGAUCGCCGAAGGUGGACUGCUGCGGAUUUGGACGGCGACGAUGCUCUGACCAAGGAGGAAUUCACCGCCUUCCUCCACGCGGAGGACGCGGAGCACAUGAAGGACGUGAUAGUGCUGGAAACUAUGGAAGACAUCGACAAGGAUAAAGACGGGAAGAUAUCUCUCGCGGAGUACAUCGGUGAUAUAUAUCCAGGUCAGGAAGAUGAAGAGGAACCAGAAUGGGUAAAGAAUGAAAAAGAACAGUUUUCCUCAUACAGAGACAAAGAUGGGGAUGGAUUUUUAAACACCGAUGAGGUGAAAACGUGGAUCAUUCCCGCGGAAUUCGAUCACGCCGAGGCGGAGUCGAGGCACUUGAUUUAUGAAGCGGACACAGACGCCGAUCACAAGCUGACGAAAAAUGAGAUCUUAGAAAAAUACGACAUCUUCGUCGGAUCUCAGGCGACGGACUUCGGCGAGGCGUUAUCGAGGCACGAUGAGUUUUAACGAGGUGCAAUCUCAUAAGAAAAAAGAAAUCACUAACGAACAAAUUACUUAUAACACUUCAGUCUACUUAAAAUCUACUUUAUUUACGAAGAAGAAUAUUUAUCUAUUUGCUCCACAGAUAUCUGUACUACAACUAGAUCGUUAACUUACCAUUUUGGGCACCAAGAAGGUGAUGACGACAGUAUGUAUUAGUGCGUAGGUGUAAUCACCUAAAGCGUCGCCAUUAUUUUCUUAGUUCCCAAAAUGGCAAGCUAGUGAUUUAGUUAUAUUUUAGAUAUCUGUGACUUGUCCUAAUAAAUAAAUGUGUUUUUUAUAUCGUGGAUAUUCAUAUAAUUGAUACUGUAUAGAGAGAGAGGAAAUGCAUGAAAUGCUAUAUCUGCCAAAAAUUGUAAAGCUCGAUUAGCUGUUGUUAUAAUAAAUUUUUUAUAUUAUUGUA